GGGGGAUAUCGAGGGAUGCGCGGGCAGGGCCGGGAAGGCAAACCGCAAAGGUGCUUCGCCGGGUACGGGAACGUCCUCGCACCUCCACUGCCCGUCCGGAGCGGGCGAGUUAGCGGGCAGGGAGGAGAACUGCUGCACCCGAAUGCUCAGGGAAGAGUUGGGUCGCCGGUGCCGGCGGAAGAAGCCGGCGGGGGGCGCGGCGGGGGAGGGACGGCAGCACCUGCCGGGCCAGCGGCGGGGCUGCCCAGCCCCGUGCCCGCGCCCUCCUUCGCUCCCGCCCGCCCCAGUGCUCAUGCGCCCGCCGGAGGUUUAAAGCGGGAGCGGCGGCUGCCGGCGGCCGUACCGCUCGGCGGAGGUGCGGGCAGCGCGCAGGGACGGUGCGGUGACCCGGCCGGCACGCCGCUCUCCGCCGCUCUCCUGCGCUCAGCUCUGCGCUGCCCCGCGGUGCGGCCGCGCCCCGCCGCCAUGUGGCUCUCGGCCCUGCUCCUCGGCGCCUUCCUGCUCUCCGGCCCGGUGCGCGGCAGCGACGGCUCGGCUUCUACUGCUAUCACAUGCUUUACAAGAGGACUUGACCUUAGAAAGGGGACAGAAGAUGUCCUUUGCCCAGCAAACUGUCCUCUGUGGCAAUUUUAUGUCUUUGGGGAUGGAGUUUAUGCCUCUCUUUCGAGUGUCUGUGGAGCUGCCAUACACAGAGGAGUGAUUACCAAUGCAGGAGGAGCUGUAAGGGUACAGACUCUCCCAGGACAGGAAAACUACCCUGCUGUAAAUGCCAAUGGGAUCCAGUCUCAGGUGCUCUCUAGAUGGGCUUCAUCUUUCUCAGUGACUGCAGGCACCAAGAACACAGCACUUGAAUCUGUUGGACGAUCAGUGUCAACAGCACGUCCUUCUACAGGUAAAAGACCUAAGAAGACUCUUGAUAAAAAGGCUGGAAACAAAGACUGUAAAGCUGAUAUUGCAUUUCUCAUUGAUGGAAGCUACAACAUCGGCCAACGUAGGUUUAACUUGCAGAAAAACUUUGUUGGAAAAGUAGCUGUAAUGCUGGGAAUUGGAACAGAAGGGCCUCAUGUUGGAGUUGUACAGGCCAGUGAACAUCCAAAAAUUGAAUUCUAUCUGAAAAACUUUACUGCUGCAAAAGAAGUUUUGUUUGCCAUAAAGGAGUUAGGGUUCAGAGGAGGCAAUUCUAAUACAGGGAAAGCUUUGAAGCACACAGCUCAGAAAUUCUUCUCUGUGGAAAAUGGAGCACGGAAAGGAAUUCCCAAGAUCAUUGUAGUGUUUCUGGAUGGCUGGCCCUCAGAUGAUCUAGAAGAAGCCGGCAUAGUAGCCAGAGAAUUUGGAGUCAACGUGUUCAUUGUGUCUGUAGCAAAACCCACAACAGAGGAGCUGGGAAUGGUACAAGACAUUGGUUUUGUUGACAAAGCUGUCUGUCGAAACAAUGGUUUCUUCUCUUACCAAAUGCCCACCUGGUUUGGUACUACCAAAUAUGUAAAACCUCUUGUCCAAAAACUGUGUUCACACGAGCAGAUGUUGUGUAGCAAGACUUGCUACAACUCCGUCAACAUUGGUUUCCUGAUAGACGGUUCCAGCAGCGUUGGAGAGAGCAACUUCCGCCUCAUACUUGAAUUUGUGAGCAAUGUGGCAAAGGCUUUCGAGAUCUCUGACAUCGGCUCCAAGGUGGCAGCCGUGCAGUUCACCUAUGACCAGAGAACCGAGUUCAGCUUCACAGACCACGUCACUAAAGAAAAGGUCCUCUCGGCCAUCCGCAACAUCCAUUACAUGAGCGGCGGCACUGCUACUGGCGAUGCCAUUUCUUUCACAACCAGGAAUGUGUUUGGGCCAGUGAAAGAUGGACCUAACAAGAAUUUCCUCAUUGUUCUGACUGAUGGUCAAUCUUAUGAUGAUGUUAGAGGACCUGCUGCAGCUGCACAAAAAGCAGGAAUAACAGUCUUCUCUGUUGGUGUUGCCUGGGCACCUCUGGAUGAUCUGAAAGACAUGGCUUCUGAACCAAGAGAAUCUCAUACUUUCUUCACCAGGGAGUUCACAGGAUUGGAGCAGAUGGUUCCUGAUAUAAUUAGAGGCAUCUGUAAAGAUUUUUUGGACUCUAAACAAUAAAGCAAAAAAAUCUGCUGUUCACUAUUACUAUUUGAAACUAAAAAUCAUGAAAUUGAAAUGGUCCCUCUAAAGUACAGAUGUUUUAUUCUUAUAUAUGCUAUCAUAAUACAGAGAAAGAAGAAGGGCUACUUUUUGUUUCUGUAAUCAAAGAUUCUUUUGAGCUUGUUAGAAGUUGUACUUGGUACUGAAGUGCAGAAUUUGGCCAACAGUUAAUAUUUUCAACAAGCAUAGAGCAUCCCAAAGCUAAAAGCUUUGCAUAUUGUGCACUUAAGAAUAGCAGAUACUCAGAGGAAAUAAUACAGCUCUGACAUUUUUUCUGCCACUUGCUAGAUACCUUCUUAUGAGUUAAAAAUAAUAUAACUUCAAAUACAAGGUACUAUGUUCUAUAAGCUUUCUGUAGUUUACAAUUCUGUAUCUUUUCAAAGAGUUCUGCUGCUAACAUGAAGUACUUUCAGCGCUCCUGUUGUGCAACAUCCACUAUUGCCAGGCAGCUUAAGAAAAGUUAUGACAGAUUGUAGCUGAAAGAGUCUAUUUUUACUAGUUGGUGUUUUGCUAUUGUGAAGGAUAUUGCCAUCUGGUUGGCAAAAUUUACAUCAAAAGUCAUUUAACUUCUACCCACAGAUUUCUGUGGAUCUAUUUGGUUGGUUCUUUUGGCACAGACUUUGAAAUGUAUUUAAGGCACAGUAGUUCUUUGAGGAUAUGGAUCCUAACAUAUUAGCUACUACUACUGCUUUCUGCACUACUGAAGUCAACAGUGAUAUUCCAAAUAUAACUGACAACCGGAUAUUUCCUGUCUGCUGCCUUGUACUGUCUUGAUUUGACAAAGUUGUUAUUGGCCAGACAGUUGGAGACAGGAAUCUUGGGCCAAGAGAUUAAAUUAGACCACACACUGGGAACUGAAACAUUCAAAUUCAAGUCCAGAGGUAUCUCAAACCUUGAAACCUAACUGAUCUAUAUCAGAUUACAUGGUUAGAAAAGAAGAGACUAGGCAGACACAUUAAGUGGGAUUUAGUAGUUCACAGAAUAACAACUUCAUAAUGGUAGUAAAAACAUCUUUAUAGAUGUGUGAGGUUUUCUGAAGAUGAAACAAUCAUUUUCUUGAAAAAGGCUUUUAUUUGAUUACAUACCUAGUAAUGUUGAUAUAUUUAUAUGCACACACGUGGUUAAAAUGACAUGAUAUUCACCAAGUUAUUCCAGAGUCCUGGUGUGAAUAACAUACUCCAAAUAUUCUUUAGAAAAUAAAGGGGGUUUUCAAGUAAAAUGAAUAGUAGAAAACAAAAAGGCAUUUUCCGUAUCAAUCUGGGGUUUCCCUUUUUUCCUCUCCCACACUAUUGAUUGUAAAAUUUCUAGUAGUUAUGGAGUGGCACAGAAGGGAUUGUAUUCACUGGGCUUUUGCUGUGCACUUUUUAAUAACUUAUAACUGGCUAUAUAUUACUCUAAACAUAAAUGGCAAAGAUGCCUUGUAUUUUUCUAGUAAUUGUUAUUCUUAAUUUUGUGUUUUAUCUAUAGAUAAGAGUAUUAAGCUUUUGCUGUAUAAAUUCAUAUGCUGUAUCAAAUUUGUGCAAAAAUUUAGUUUGUAAACUUUUUAUAGAAAUACAUAUUGCAAGAAAACUGGGACUGCUGCUAUAUGUUUUAAUAUCUCAUAAUAUAGUCUUUUUAUGAUGAACCUCAUGUAGUAUAGCUUGAGUAAGUUGUAUGUGAUGCUUCCUAACUGUAUUAUCUUAAAUCCCAAAUCAUCCACAAAUAAUAAGGGUAUUAUUUUUACAAAUACUUUAAUUUGAAUGAGUGAAUAUCAAAGUUUUAGUCAUUGUUCAUAUUAGGUAUGAUGCUAGUUAAAUCUUCUGAGUAUAAAUUGUGUGCUGGCUGAUAGAAUCAGA